UUCGAUUCGGGCUUAAAAUGGAAAAUGGUCGUGUCUUGUUCCGCGUUUAAUUGCACCAACAGAGCCCAGAAAGGCACUGGUAUUUCGUUUCACAAAUUUCCACAUCAUGAUCCCGACCUAUUAAAGAAAUGGGUUUUGUCAAUGAAGAGAAAGAAAUUCACUCCUUCAAAGUACAGCAGACUGUGUAGUAAGCAUUUCACACAAGAAAGCUACCAACUACGGCCUAAUGCUAGCUACCCCCUGCUAAAAGAGGAUGCUGUACCUACAGUAUUUGAUUUUCCUCCGCAUCUGAAGAAAUCUUCCCCCCAAGAAAGCAGAAUCAUUAAACCUGGAAUUGCACAGCAAGACAUAUCAGGCACUUCAGCAGACACAUCCUUCAGUCCUCCUUCUCCUUGUUCAAAAAGUGUACAGCAAGAAAGUGUAAAACAAACAAAUACUGCUUCGCUGACAAUACUAAGACUUAGACAUGAAGUAAAGAUCGUUAAACAACGUUUAAAAAGACGCGAUGAGAAAAUAAAAUCAAUGAAACACGUGAUAUUGACUUUGAAGAAAAAGUGUAAACUUAUUGCACCAGAAAGUCUUACUCAGUGUCACUGUGUCAGGCCUAGCUUAGCUUCUAGCACUGAGGUCUGAGAUUUAUUUAUUCAACGGUAACAACCAUUUACACUAUAACGUUUAAAU